UCCACCCCAACGAAUCGCUGUCUCCACGUCAACCUCAGUUAUGGCGCACACGCAAGACCAGGACGCAGCGUCUCUUUCCCUCCUUUCCCUUUCCAUCGCCGCCUCAGAGGCUGCACCUAUCGCCCUCGACCCUACACAACCCACUGGCGGCAAUGAUACCACCGCUCGCCCCCCAGCGUCCUCCCCUCACAUGCCCAAGCACCGCAGGCUCUCCUCCGCGGGAAGGGCCCGCCGCCGCCUGAGCGACGCCCGCGACGCUGCAACCCGUCCUUCGCCGGCAGCACUCCAAGCAGCCGCAUCGGCCCUUACCUCGCUAUCGCUUUCCUCAAGUCCUCCGUCGAGCGUUCCGCAUACCCACUCAUUCUCACAAAGCUACAGCGGUGAAUCGAACGCCGGCAUCGCUAUCCCCGGUCGUGAAGACAGUGCCAUGCCCGACGUGGGCGAGGACGAGCUCCCGACCUCGAGCAGCGUGGGCACAUCCAAGGGCGGUAAGAAGCGCGGCACCAUCUUUACGUGCGAGAGUUGCUCCAAGAUCUACCGCCACCCGUCGUGCCUGAUUAAGCACCGGUGGGAGCAUACCCCGCAGUGGCGCGAGGCGAGCAAGUUUGUGUUGAGCAAGCAUCAGCAGGUUCAGUUACUCGAGGCUGCUGCGAUCCUAUCCCACCUCUCCCCCUCGAGUGGCUCCCUUCCCGAGGACCGCUCCCUCUGGCCCUCCUUUAUCAGCAACGGUGCUGUCCCCCCUCCAGCGGGCGCUCCAUCGUCUGCGGCCACCCCGAAAGGGGCUUCCCAUCCAGUGUCCAGUUCCGUCCCCGCCAACUCUCCGUUGUAUGCUCGUGGUGGCUCCGCUGGCCCGCGUAUGCACGACUAUGCCCUCCCGCAGCGUUCCACUCGCCGCGAGGUGCGGCCCGGAGUAUUCGGUGUGUCGAAUGACGAGGCUGAUGUUGAUGGCCCGUCGUCGACUUCGGCGCCUCUGCCGGUCCCUAUCGUCGGGUCGAGGGCGGACUGGGGCUUACCUGCUUCCUUCGGCGGCGUUGCGCCCUCGUCGCAGUCGUACUCCUAUUCCCGCUCGUAUUCGGCUUCGCUCUCUCUCACGCAUUCUUCGCUGCACUCUGGCUCUCGCUCCCGGUCGGUUUCGGGAAGCAGGAGUGACGUGGAGGAGCCAAUCGAGGAUGUUGAUGCCGAUGUAGAUCUGGAGGGUCAGGAUGGCCCGAAGGUGUACCCAUACCCCUAUGGCACGCGCAGCCGCACGCAGUACGGGCGGUAUCCCUGGAAAGUCGAAGAGGAGGACGUGCAUAUCCAAGAGGAAGACGAGGUUGUGGACGUGGAUAUGGCCCGCGUCAGCAAAGAGAGGGAGGUGCCCGGGGAGUGGGACGGCAUGGAGAUGGAAAUGGAUAUGGACUGAGAUGCUCCCGUCUGGCAGUCCGUCCUAUCUGAAGACAUCAAUAUUCUUUCAAGAUCGCCGACUAUUUCCGCCUAUCGACUUUUUGAUUCAUCGACUGAACAACCAACACCGACGAUGUACUCUGAACAUCUUGAAUACUUUCCGAACAGCACACCGACGUUCAAGCACUUAUCCCCGUAUCCAACGAUUCUGGACCAAUCGAACCUGUAUUUGUGUCCCCAUUUUUCGACCUGACUCGAUCUCGGAGCGCCUGCCCAUGGUCCAUGUACUUAUUUAUUCACCUGCCGACAGAGCGCCGUAUUCCCCUCGUUCCGUUUCCCAUCUGUUCCCUCACCGUCGCAUCUCUACAUUCACUAUCCGAUCCCAAUCCACGACCAUCAUUUUCCCCACUGUUACCUGUAUUGGGUUCCUUGUGUCGUGCGCAUCUUCCAAGGCUCUACGUUCUUGUAUUCAUGACAUCCGCCACGACCACCGCCUGUCUCUCCUUUGUCUCAAUUUCCAUCCUCGCAGUUUCUCUUUUUCUUCUCUUACAGUGUUACAGUAUCGCUAUACGACC